UGGUUACACUUACGGCUAUUAGUCUACAAUAGCUACAAAUUACACAGAAAAAUUAUAACCAACCAUCCAUGCUCCUUUAUUUAUAAUUUUUUAUCUUAAGUGCCACAAUGAUACGUUUUUCAGUACAUGCAGCAGUUGGUUCGAACUGGUAGCUGUCGCUUGCCGUAGACAGAGCAACGCGCACGCGCCCUUUAGUUUCUUCCUAAUAGCAAUGGCGUCCUCCAUAGCGGUGUGCAGGUUACAUAUGAGGGGACGGGGCAGGCUGGUGAAGUGCUUACAGAAGGUCGACACAUUUCUUCACAGAAGUAUUGGAACAAACGUGGUCGCAGCGCAAAGUGAGGCGACUCGGAAAGACGAAAGUGAUGAAAAGGAAAAGGAUGGACGUAAGUCAUUAUAUGUUGUCCAGGCGGAGAGACAAGAACAAGCAGAGAAAUCUGUCCUCAUCAGCUGCAACUCCAGAACCAAUGAGAAAAAGUUCCUCAAGCAUUUAUCAAGACAUGGAGAUAUCAAGAAGCACUUCUUUUAUGAAAGCUAUGGCAUGUAUGCUGUGGUGGAGUUUGUCAACCAGGAAAGUGUUGCCUCUCUGCUUGAAGAGGCCGCCAUCCCCAGUGUCAGCCAUGAAUCCAUGGUGCCUUUUAAGUCGAGACUGCUAUCACUGAGAAACGUUGGCUCUGUGGCGUCACCAAACCAGCAGCCCGGCCAGCAGUGCCAACCACAAACCACCAUUCCCAUCAAUGAGCUCAUACAGAGACUGUCCAGAGAGGAGAGUAUCGACCAGCAGAUAACCUCCCUGACAGAAGCCUAUCAGCUCACAGAGGAGAACAGCAGGCUGCGUUUUCUUGUCUGCUCCCUGCUCAAGGACAUUGCUGCUGCUUAUUUCCCAGAAUGCAACAUUAAGCCAUUUGGCUCAUCGGUGAACGGCUUCGGGAAGCUGGGCUGUGACCUGGACAUGUUUCUGGACCUCGAUGGCAUCAGUGGGAGGAAUAUAAAGAUGCCAAAGUCAGGUCUUUGUCUGGAGUACCAGAUGAAGAGGGCCAACUCAGAGCGUGCUGUCACCCAGAGCAUCCUGUCUGUCAUCGGGGAGUGUGUGGACCAGUUUGGGCCGGGAUGCGCCGGCGUGCACAAGAUUCUCAAUGCCCGAUGCCCCCUGGUCCGUUUUGCCCACCAGCCCUCUGGCUUUCAGUGUGACCUCACAACCAACAACAGGGUGGCGAUGAAAAGCACAGAGCUGCUCUACCUGUACGGAGAGCUGGACCCGCGGGUGCGUUGCCUGGUGUUCACUGUGCGCUGCUGGGCCCGAGCUCACGGGGUCACCAGCAGCAUCCCCGGGGCCUGGAUCACCAACUUCUCCCUCACAGUCAUGGUGCUGUUCUUCCUGCAGAGGAGGAGCUCUCCCAUAAUCCCCACACUGGACCACCUCAGAGACCUUGCAGGUCCCGCGGACAAGAGCGUGAUAGAGGGGAACGACUGCACGUUUGUCAGCGACUUCAGCAAAAUCCAGCUCCACAGCAACACCGAAACACUAGAGCAACUACUGUGUGGAUUCUUUGAGUUCUACGCUGCUUUUCCAUUCAGCAUGAAGUCCAUCAAUAUCAGAAAGGGCAAAGAGCAGAACAAGCCGGAGGUGGCCCCGCUGCACAUCCAGAACCCGUUCGAAAACUCUCUGAACGUCAGCAAGAACGUCAACGCCACCCAACUAGACCGCUUCGUGGCUUUGUGUCAGGAGAGCACCUGGCUACUCCAGAAGAGUGAAACCAACACACCCACUCCCACACCUUGGGGACUGGCUUCCCUCCUCCUGCCCUCACAGGUUGCAGGGAUCAAAAGUCGCAAGAAAAGGAGACGGGAGCCAGCAAGUGAGAGGAUUAAGAGCUUGUUAGAAUCCUUGAAGAAUAAAAAUGAGCAAAAGACGAGUUAAAACAUUUUAAGAAACAAUCAUAAACAAUCUUUGUCAUCAUUUCGUCAUCUUACAGACUGGUGCUCCUGUCUGUCUCAUGUCGGAGGUGAGAAAAGAGCAGGAACAUCCUCUGCAAUGGUUCUGCUGGACUGUAGUUCCCAACUUGAACACUGGAGGGUGUAACUGAAGCAGUGUGUGCAUAUGUUUGGGACCUGAAAUAAGGGAGUGGCUACUGUAUAUUUUACUGUAUACUUACCUGCUCUGUCGUAAUUAAAGGCAAUACUGUGGAAACGAAAAGUCCUACCAGAUAGUCAUGCAGGAGACUGUAGAUUCACAUGUUCAUUUAAUCAAAAUCUGUGUAACAUAUCAAUCUGUUAACACCGUCAAACAAAAUCACCAUGGAUAUUUGUUUUGUAUUUUGUUAAUAUUACAAUAUUGAACAAAAUAAUCAAGCUUUUAUUUUAAACUGAAAACACUCGGGGUGGUUAUUAUCAGGCUCUGACAAAGGCAUCAAAAAUAUAACUGAAUCCAUCAGUAAAAUCAGUUAAAUAAUUAAAUAGAUAGGAGUGUAGAAAGAAAUAUAAACCUCAUACUUUUCCUAAAUCUUCAAUUAAUUGGUUAAAAAAGAGAAAAGCGACUGUUGACUGUUUAUCUUUCACUAGCUCUUUUUUUUUUUUUACCAGUUAAAAGACUUUGUUAGUAGUUAGCUUGUCUAAAAACACUGAACACCAGCAUUUUCACAGCUAUAGCUCCUUAACUGAGUUUAACGUUCAUCAUAAAUCUACACUAGAGCAAGUAAAGCCAAUCGUCCAUACUGCCGCAGUGUCGCUAUAUCAACUCUUGUGAUGGUAGGUAAAGCAUUUUAGCUGGCAAGCCUUUACGCUUAUUAACUGUUCACAUUCACUAGACAUCCUUCCUCAUAGCGUCAUCUUAUGUUACCUGCUGUAAUAGUUCCUGGAAUUUUUAAUUGACGUGAAUAAUUCUGAGGGUAACUGAGUCAUUUCCAGUCGGCCAUCAACCAAGACUAACACUAACUUCUGAAAAACUAUUCUGGGUUCCUCUGGUGUAAUCAUUUUCAAAAUGUAUAAUUAUCAAACACAAGCACAUUUUUGUAAUUGUUAGCUUGCCAGCUAAAAUGCCUUUGUUACUUCAUACAGUAACACUAGAGGAGUACGUGGUAUGUGGAUGAUAAACAUCAACACUGUCUGGUGCAGAUAAGUGUCAUCCUUGAGCCAGACAGCUGAAAAGGCUCAAACAUAUUUAGACGCCAGUGUUUCCAUGUAAUCCUGCUGACCACGCAGUCAUCUCCAUAAAAUUGAUUCUCGUUGAGCUAAGACCAAAAAAAAAAAGGGGAAACUAUGAAGGGAAACUAAAAUGAGCUAGUGAAAGAUAAAUAGAGGAAUAAAAUAAUGUUUUAUUUUAUUAAGUAAUUGGUGGUAAAGGAAACAUUAAAAAGCUUCUUUUUAUUUUAACAAACCAAAUGGAUGUUUAAGGAAAAGACUCCAGUCUUAUACUGAUUUUUACACAGAAUUUUAACAAUUUACUAACAACCAAUCAUCUAUUUAACACGUUAUAUUGUAUACUAAUUAACCCAGUGGUUUUCAAGCUUUUUCACAUCAAGGAUCCCUAAACUGAUAACAGAGAGUGUUUGAAACCCAGGAACCAAAGUAGUCACACAUUCUGUCCUUGUGUAACGUAUGGAUGGAAUUAUAGAUUGAAUAAAUUAUUCCCCUUUUUGCUGGAGACCCAGAGGGGUCCCUGAAAGGGUUCCUGGGGGACCCACCUUUGAGAGCCACUGGUGUAACUGGCAGUACUGUUAAUAUGAUGUAUUCAGUUUUAUUUUAACUUGUGUGACUUUUACUGCCUGUUAUCACUUUCGGGGGUCGGUGGUUUUAAAACAAAUGAUUAUAAUGCAGAAGAAGAAGCAUUUUGUGAAGUGUAACAUCUGGAUACAUUUUUUUUAGCAGCUAAUGAUCUAAAGUGUGACAUAAUGGUGCUCGCGUGUGUCACAUUUAUAUCGAAGUAGACACCACCUCAACUUGGUCGCCUAGCUCUUUGGAACCAAAGUCAGCCAGCUCUGUGGUGAAGUCUGUAGAAUGGAUUGACCUCUCUGAAAACCCAGCGGUUGAUGUGUCAUGUUGAAUAUGUGAAAGGAGACAUACCACUUUAAUUUCUCCUAGACAGAGCGUAGACCUUUAAUUCAGUUUCCAGUGCUACAUGAUGCUUGUGUCUACUAAUCACAUCCCCUGAAAUGUGGUCCAAGAAAAGUCGUUCGCAUCCCAGUUUUAUUUUGAAAGUUAAUAAUAAUCUGAGGAUGUGUAUGUGAGACUGAGGGAGGAGAAAAGACCUAAAGGUGCACGUGUGAACAUCUUAUGAGUGUGCCUGAGUGUUUGUAUAUGUGUGUCUCAGGCCCAUGGGACAGUGUUUGAGGAGAAGGGAGUGUGCAGCCCACAGCUGUUUUUCUGCUUAUUGCUGUGGGAGGUCAGGGGGAGGAUGAGAGGAUAGACUUUUAACUACCUCCCCUUCCCCUCCUACCACCAGUCCACCCUUUGCCACGGGGGCACGGCAUGGGUGGGAGGAAAGGAGUGAAACAGAAGAGAACCCAUCACUGCCUCGCCCCCCCCGCAAACCCCCGGCUUUGAACUUCACUCACUGUCCCUGCCUCUGCUCUCCUAGCUUGCAUUUCUCUUUCAAAUUCGACGUGCCCAUGGGACGGUACCUCUCUCUCUAUCUCAGCCAUCUUUUCCCUCUCCUCUCUGAGUGGCAGAGUUCUUUGAGGUUUGCGGAUUUUGUUUAUUUCCAUGAGUGAGUUUCUGACUGAUGGAUCUGCUCCGGUGGAGCGACAAAGCGGUUAUGAAACGUGGUGGUUAGAGAGGCAGUGGGUGGGGAAAUCAACACCUCAGGGGAAUUUGAUGAAAUGGGAUUGCUGGGUGUUGUAGGGUUCAUUUGAAGGAGCUAAAUGUCAGCACUGUGGAUCCUCUGAUUUGUAUUUGGUGGUUUAGAAUGUGCUGCGUCGUUUUUUUUAAUCUACAGACAGUUUAUGAGGCAAUUAGGAGGAUAGAUAGAAACUGUGCCACUGCCGCUUCUCAGAAGGUUGCCACAGGUCAGCGUCAAGGUUAAUCAUAUUUUUUUUCUAGCUCAUCCCAACAACUGCAAAGUCAAGGUUUUAUGCGAACAUGUCCCAGUGAUAGAGCACUUGAGACUGCGAAGGGACCAAGGUUAUGUUUGGCAAGCCAGCCCAGCAGUGACCUUCCUCCGGGCUGUUUGCAGGCGGCACACCGUGGGUUCUGAUUUAUUAGGAAAACUGGUGAAAAGUCCAAGACGGAUUGGCCCUCUAGCAGGAAGUCCUGAGGUUCAGCGGGGCGAUGGCCAGAGUUUAUGCUGCUGCCUUUUUCUUGGCUCCUAAUGCGCCUUCAGAGCCAGAAAGAAUGUAAAAAGGUGGCCUGAGGGUUUGAAAAAUAUGGGAGGGAUUUAAGGAGAAAUGGUGUGUGUGUAGGAAAAACAAGAAAUGAGAAGGAUCUUGGCGUGUGAGGUUGAAUGCCACCUAAAAUGUUAAAAUCUUGAGCAGCCACUUGCACAGUUGCUGUUACUGUUCGAGGAAAAAGGUUUUUGCUUCUGGAGAACAUGGUGUUUGAUGUGGAUGCCUUAUCCGUUGGAGCACUUUUACAAGUUUUUAUCAAGCUCUCUGAUCAACAUGCCACUCCUUCCACUUACCUCCACCGGCUCCACAAAGACCUGUGAGCCAUGUGGAGAAAGUAAUCUCCAAAGCACUUCCCUUCGCAGUUCCAUGAAUUGUCCCCACAACAUUGUGAGAAGUCAUUACGCUGGUUUCCAUGGUUGAGGGACAAGUGUGCUGGCGGGCCCCUCGGGGACCCAACCUCCCUCUUACUCCCCGGUUUCCCACUUAUCAGCACCACAUUGGCCUUGCAUAGGAUGUGGUGAGAGGGAGCUGGGAGAGCUGGAAUGCACUUGCUGCACGUCGAGGCCCCUGAGGUUAUCACUGUGUGUAUCUCUGGCUGCAGAGUUUCUACUGUGUGUCUGCAGAGGUGUGAACCGGCUGAAAAAUGUUGUUACUGAAAAGCUACAAUCAGGGGGCCCCAGUUAAAAAUGCAGCAUCCUUCCACAAUGAGGUAAACUGUUGGCGACCAACUCGAUAAUCUACACUACGUGUUUACGGUGUAUGGGAAGGCCUGGUACUUACUGUACCCACCAACAGUACCAUUGUUUCAGCGUAGCAUGCAUGGCUGCCUAAUUGGAGCCUGGCACAGAGUUCCUGGCAGCUGAAGCCUCGGUGUCAGCAGCCGUGGUGGGUUGCACAUUUCUUCCUCUCUCUGGACCGCCGAGUCUCUACAUCCAUUCAGCACCGGCCAGAUCAGGCCCCCGUUGAUACAGCGGCUGCAUGCUGUGAUGAAAGGUGAACUGUCACGUGGGUACAAGACACACAUGGCCAUUAUACCACUGCAAUCAGAACACGGGUGGGUAUCCAUAGAAACGAACUCUGUUCAUCUACAGCCGCUCCACCAAGCUCUCCUGGGUGCCUUUACUGUGACUGGAGAAUGCAUGUGCGAUGCCACGUAUAUACAUGUGACACUUGAAGUCCCCAGAGCUCUGGCUGCUGCAUUUAUCCCACCAACAUGCGCUUUGUUGUUUUUUCAAAGCUGCUUUUGUGCGAGGAAGAGCAUGAAACUGGUUUGAUGCACAUUUUAUUUAGUUAUAGGAACUGAGAGUUUAGUUCUUGAACCAAAUUUAAUUAUAGUAAUGCUUCAUUUUACAGCUCUGUAAUUUCAUAAUAAUUUCCAAGGAAGAGUGAUGGAAAAAUCAAAUCAAACUACAGGGAAAAUGGAAUAUAAUAUAAAACAUCACAUAUACUGUAUAAUUCAUGUUGAACUGUGCUUUCUGUGGACACAUUUCUUCUCUUUUCAUGUGCAGCUGGCCUGCUGUCUACUAACAGAAUAUCUGGUAUGCUAACAUGAAAGUAACAGACAUCAGCUCCCACACACUGUUGACACUUGGGAUAAAUAUAAUGAACAGCAUCACUUUGAUACAGAAACAUUCUGCAUUUCCCAAGUCAGCUAUUCACUGACUUUAUACAUGAAAGUGUGUGGAAGUUGAUGUUUAUCACAUUGUAUUACUGUUGAGGAAAAUAAUCACCUUGAACAACAAUUAAAUAAUUUCAAUUAACUGCUACUGUAACACACAGCACACAGGCAUGCAAAGAUCACUUUUCCUUUUUACAGGGAAACUGGAAAUUUGUGAGAAAUAAUUGAACUGUAAAAUCAAGCAACUGUAUUUGUUUUAUGGUGAGAUUGACAUGUAUGAUUA